UGGGGUUUCUCGGUGCUGUCGUAUCGUACGCUCCUUUGGAGCCGUUGUCAGCAUCACUACCGCAUUAAAAGUCGAUUUAGUUAAUCCUUAAGGGCCAGUUAAUUAAUGUGUUUGCUGGUGGGUGCUUCCCCACAGCUGCGUUUGGAGUUUGAUUGGAGCAUGGAGCCCAUCUCCCUGCCAGAAUCAGGGAUUCCUGCAGGAAACAGCUCAUCUGUGCCACAGAAAAAAUUCCAUGUCCUGGUGGGAGUGACUGGAAGCGUGGCUGCSCUGAAGCUGCCCCUGCUCGUUGCAGAAUUGCUGAAAAUCCCUGGGCUUGAGGUACAGGUGGUCACUACUGAGAGAGCAAAACAUUUCUUCAAUGCCCAGGAGAUUCCUGUGACCCUCUAUGGUGACGAAGAGGAGUGGCAGCUKUGGAAGGGCCGCUCGGACCCCGUCCUGCACAUCGAGCUCCGGCGCUGGGCUGACCUCAUGGUGGUGGCACCUCUGGAUGCCAACACGCUGGCAAAGGUUGCCAAUGGCAUUUGUGACAACCUGCUGACCUGUGUGAUCCGCGCGUGGGACCUGAGCAAACCCCUGCUCUUCUGCCCGGCCAUGAACACGGCCAUGUGGGAGCAUCCCAUCACAGCUCGGCAGGUGGAGCAGCUCAAGGGCUUUGGCUACAGCGAGAUCCCCUGUGUGGUGAAGAAACUCGUGUGUGGGGAUGAAGGCCGAGGUGCCAUGGCAGAAGUKUGGACCAUCGUGGAAAGAGUUAAAAGGAUCCUUGAAGAACGGGAUAUGCCAAGGCAGAGCUGAUGUUUUUGGCAUGUAAAUGGUGGUUUUGUGCCUUCCUGAUGGUUUGGAGAUAAACCCAGCAGGAAGCCAGGCUGGGCUGCCCUGRUACCCAUGGCAUGCAUACCUUUAAAUCAUACCUGAAAUCUUCAACAGAAUGAGCCAACGGUUGUCUUCCAGCUGGUGYCAAACUGAAAUGUGGUACCUCACCACAGACUUUGCAAAACCAGAGCCAAGAAUGUGCUGCUUUUGUGUGGAAAACCCUGUGGUAUCUUGCAGGGAGGGAGUAACGUUCCCAAGGCUGCUCAGCCCUCAGUGCUUCACACGUGCUCCGUUCAGGGUGGGAUACAGAAGAAGGUGUUGAGCUCCAGUGGUUCUAGAGAGAAAAAAACCCUGAAAUCUCUGGUGAUGGGGCAUUUCCAGCUCCUUCCAGCAAGUGUCUUCUGGACCAUUCCUGCUGUUCAAAGCUGUGCUGGCUGCACRUUCCCAGCAGGAGUCACUGUCAAAAAUGUUUUCUGUCCGAGGACUUAAUAAAGAAGAGUUUUUAAUCCUGCCCCAGA